GCGCAGAGAGAACUGCAGGUAUUUCGCCAUUGCUGUAUGAAGAUUUAUCUGGCCUGGCAUUCAGCUGUCAACAAAAAACUUGCGGUGCGGGACGCGGAGCUGCGGGGUCGAGGAAAAGCUCGUCAGCUGCUCCUUGAACCAGUAUCCACCCCUGUCCCUCCCCGGAGAAUACUUUCAUGUGAAUACAGAGUCUACAGACGAGGCAAUUAUGUCCAAUCUCAGCAAAGGCGGCACCAAGAAGGACACCAAAAUGAGGAUAAGGGCCUUUCCUAUGACGAUGGAUGAAAAGUAUGUCAACAAUAUCUGGGACCUACUAAAAAAUGCCAUCCAGGAAAUACAGAGGAAGAACAACAGCGGCCUGAGCUUUGAGGAACUUUACAGGAAUGCCUACACAAUGGUGCUCCACAAACAUGGAGAGAAACUGUACACAGGCCUGCGGGAAGUUGUCACAGAACAUCUAAUCAACAAAGUACGAGAAGAUGUCCUAAACUCUCUAAACAAUAAUUUCCUCCAGACGUUAAAUCAAGCGUGGAACGACCACCAGACUGCGAUGGUGAUGAUCAGAGACAUCCUGAUGUACAUGGAUCGAGUUUAUGUGCAGCAAAAUAAUGUAGAAAACGUCUACAACCUGGGGCUCAUCAUCUUUAGGGAUCAGGUGGUUCGAUAUGGCUGCAUCAGAGACCACCUUCGACAAACCCUGCUGGACAUGAUUGCACGGGAGAGGAAGGGGGAAGUGGUGGACAGGGGGGCCAUUAGAAAUGCCUGCCAAAUGUUAAUGAUCCUUGGCCUUGAAGGAAGGUCUGUUUAUGAAGAAGACUUUGAAGCACCGUUCUUGGAAAUGUCUGCAGAAUUUUUCCAGCUGGAGAGCCAAAAGUUCCUUUCGGAAAACAGUGCGAGUGUGUACAUAAAGAAGGUAGAGGCCAGAAUUAAUGAGGAGAUUGAGCGGGUAAUGCACUGCCUGGACAAGUCGACAGAGGAGCCCAUCGUCAAGGUGGUGGAACGGGAGCUCAUCUCCAAGCACAUGAAGACCAUCGUAGAGAUGGAGAACUCGGGCCUGGUCCAUAUGCUGAAGAAUGGCAAGACGGACGAUUUAGCAUGCAUGUACAAGCUGUUCAGUCGGGUUCCCAAUGGGCUGAAGACCAUGUGUGAGUGUAUGAGCUCAUACCUGCGGGAGCAAGGCAAGGCGCUCGUUUCAGAGGAGGGAGAGGGAAAAAAUCCAGUAGAUUAUAUUCAGGGUUUGUUAGACCUGAAGUCGCGUUUUGACCGUUUCCUCCAAGAAUCUUUCAAUAAUGACCGACUCUUCAAACAAACUAUUGCUGGUGAUUUUGAGUACUUCCUUAACCUCAACUCCCGCUCACCUGAAUAUCUCUCGCUCUUCAUCGAUGACAAACUGAAGAAGGGAGUAAAAGGGCUAACAGAGCAAGAGGUGGAGUCCAUACUGGACAAGGCCAUGGUGUUGUUCCGCUUCAUGCAGGAGAAGGACGUGUUUGAACGGUAUUACAAGCAGCACCUGGCUCGAAGGUUGCUCACCAACAAGAGCGUCUCAGAUGAUUCAGAAAAGAACAUGAUCUCCAAGCUAAAGACUGAGUGUGGCUGUCAGUUCACCUCUAAAUUAGAGGGAAUGUUCCGGGACAUGAGCAUCUCCAACACCACCAUGGAUGAGUUCAGGCAACAUCUUCAGACCACUGGGGUUUCUCUUGGAGGAGUUGAUCUCACUGUGAGGGUCCUGACUACAGGAUACUGGCCUACACAAUCAGCAACACCAAAGUGCAAUAUCCCCCCUUCACCACGUCAUGCAUUUGAAGUUUUCAGAAGGUUUUAUCUCGGUAAGCACAGUGGUAGACAACUCACCUUACAGCACCACAUGGGUUCUGCAGAUUUAAAUGCCACCUUCUAUGGUCCCAUCAAAAAGGAGGACGGGUCAGAAGUGGGAGUGGGCGGCGCCCAGGUGACGGGCUCCAACACCAGAAAGCACAUCCUGCAAGUAUCCACCUUUCAGAUGACCAUUCUCAUGCUUUUCAACAACAGGGAGAAGUCCACUUUUGAGGAAAUCCAGCAGGAGACGGAUAUCCCUGAGAGGGAGCUGGUGCGAGCGCUGCAGUCUCUGGCCUGUGGGAAGCCCACACAGAGAGUUCUCACCAAAGAGCCCAAAUCCAAGGAAAUUGAAAAUGGCCAUGUGUUUACAGUCAAUGACCAGUUUACCUCUAAACUGCACCGGGUCAAAAUUCAGACAGUGGCUGCUAAACAGGGAGAGUCUGAUCCGGAGAGGAAGGAGACGCGACAGAAAGUUGAUGAUGACAGAAAGCAUGAGAUUGAAGCAGCCAUUGUUCGCAUCAUGAAAUCUAGAAAGAAGAUGCAGCAUAAUGUCCUAGUAGCAGAGGUCACACAGCAGUUGCGAGCACGAUUCCUUCCUAGUCCAGUAGUCAUCAAGAAGCGCAUUGAAGGACUCAUUGAGAGGGAAUAUUUGGCAAGAACACCAGAGGACCGCAAAGUGUACACUUAUGUAGCAUAACCAGUAAAUCCACUGAAAGCUAGCUUCAAGUUGAAACUGAGGGCCUUGUUUUUGUGGACUGCUAAGUGUUUGAUGAACUAUGGAAGUGCUCUCAUCAUUCGGGACACACUGGGAAGCUUAACCUUUCUUCCAUAAACGUGUUUUAAAAAAAAAGAAAGAGGGAAAAUCAUGCAAAAGAUGAAGUUUUCUAGCAAUAUUAGAUUUCUUCUGCUGAAGGAAAUGAAAAGAGGGGAAUAUAGUUUUGUAACAAACACACACACAAAAAAAUCCUGUUUCUUGUGGCCUUUGGAGAGACCUGUCUGUUUGCCAAUUAGCUACACACAGUGAAGAAUAGCAAACACAGGGCUACAUGGAGACAGAGAAAACAUCUGAACUCACUCCCCUGUUUUAAAUGUUGAUGUCGAUGUGUUAUGUUUGUUUCGUGGCACAAUAAUGGCUGUACAGGUUGGACAGUCUUGGCCUUUUCCUCACAGAGGAGUUUUAGAUUUAAAUAAAAAGAUUAACUGUGGUAACUGGUGCAGACCUGUUUUACAACCACGGCAAAACGCAUACAUUUUGAAUAUUUCAGAAACGGUGACAGUUUAAUUUAUUUUGAAAGUUUGACUGUUUUGGGGGUUUAUUUUACAUCCUUGGUAGAGUGCACAUCUCUCGCAGCUGACAAAUAUUCAACGCCAUUUUCAGUAACGUGGCCAAGUCUGUACUGGUGAGUAAAGCGAUCAACAGCUGGUGCUUUAAAGCAUACGUUUAUAUUGUGGCUCAAUCGUUGGAAUAAAAGGCCUAAAAAGUCAACAAAUGCAUUGCUUCUCAUGGCACUUUUUUUUUUACUUUUUUUUUUUUUUUACUUUAUGCCUGUGGUGUGAUCAGCCAAAAAUGAUCUGUUCUAAUGAAAGGCUAGAUGUGUUGCAGGUUUCCAAGAUUUUAUUUCCAAAUACAUUUUGAACAGGUGGAACCGGUCACGCACCAUGCUCCAAAUGUGUACAAAUUGUAAAAUAAUAAUUGUACUCUGCGAAGGUGGAUUGUACAGGGCCUUGUUUUCAUCAUAAUAAAUGUAGAGAUAAAAAAAUA